GUGACGUAAUCAGAAGGCGCUGCGAAGGCGCGAGGUUAGCGAAACUCUAUGGUGGUGUCAGGCGCUUUUUUUUUUUUUUUUUUGACCACCUGCUGAGAGGUUCUUGGUGUUUGGAGGCGAAGGAGUCUGCGCUUGGGAUUAAUUAUUAUGGCGUCGGUGGUCCUGAGCGAGGCGGAAAAAGUUUAUAUCAUGCACGGUGUCCAGGAAGAUCUUCGAGUUGAUGGCCGUGGCUGUGAAGAUUAUAGAUGUACAGAAGUGGAAACAGAUGUGAUAUCUAAUACAAGUGGGUCUGCUAGAGUAAAACUUGGGCACACAGACAUCCUGGUUGGAGUCAAGGCAGAAAUGGGAACACCAAAGCUGGAGAAGCCAAAUGAAGGCUCCUUGGAAUUCUUUGUUGAUUGUUCAGCAAAUGCCACUCCAGAAUUUGAAGGACGUGGUGGUGAAGAACUUGGCACUGAGAUCGCAAAUACACUCUACAGGAUAUUUAAUAAUGAGAGCAGCAUCGACUUGAAAACCCUUUGUAUUAAUCCCAGACAGCAUUGCUGGAUCCUUUAUGUUGAUGUCUUGUUAUUGGAGUGUGGUGGUAACUUGUUUGAUGCCAUCUCAAUUGCAGUGAAGGCAGCACUUUUUAAUACCAGGAUCCCCAAAGUACGUGUUUUGGAGGAUGAAGGAGGACAUGAAUUUGAACUAUCUGAUGAUCCUUUUGACUGUAUUCGACUCAAUGUUGAUAAUAUUCCUUGUAUUGUUACCUUAAGCAAAAUUGGCUAUAGGCAUGUGAUCGAUGCCACUCUUCAGGAAGAAGCAUGUUCCUUGGCUAGCCUCCUUAUUUCUGUAACAAGUCAGGGUGUUAUCACUUGCAUGAAAAAAGUAGGAAGAGGGAGCCUUGAUCCAGAGAGCAUUUUUGAGAUGAUGGAGACUGGAAAGAGAGUAGGUAAAUUGCUGCACACCUCCUUGCAAGCUAUCUUAGAUAAAGAAGAGAGUCUCGGAACAGCACGAAAAAAAGUUGGAUUUUUGGGAUGAGUGCAAUCAUCACCUUCAAUGAGCUGAAUUUUUACUUAAAAAUUUUCUGAAAUCUACCCAAAUGCUGUAUGGAGAAGUGGACUGAUGUUGAAGACAUCAAAUUUGAAUGCUUCAGAAUGAAUAGUCUGGUCUGUCUAACAGAAAUGAUGGGUAUGUUUCUCCAAAUUGCUCAUAGAACUGAAAUUAUUGUCUGACCCAUAAUUAGGCUUGUUUAUCAUAGCAGCUAUUGCCAUAAUGGGUAGUGGAAAUUUCCAUGUGUGGCUGUGCAGUUAUUGCCACGUUUUCAUUGUCAUGUAUCCAGUACAGCAAUAAACCGAAACAUCUGUCAAGCAAAAAUCUCA